CGCUUGACAAGAUCGUGGCAUGGCGACGACCAUGGCCGAGCCGGCGGCCGCGCCGGGCCGGUACGAGUACCUUCUGCAGCAAGUCGUGCAGCUCAACACGGACUUGCACAAGACGGUGGCCAUGAGCCAGUCGCUCAAGGCGGAGCGCGACGGCCUACAAGAGCUCAGCGACAAGCUCAAGCACGAGCUCGAGCGCGCCGAAGACAAGUGCGACAAGAUGCAUGCCAUCUUGCUCAACGAGACCGAGCACAAGGUCGCGUCCGACCGCAAGCACGAGCAGCUCAUGCACAAGUGGAAGCAGCAGCUCGAAGCCAAAGCGCGCGAGUUUGACGCGCUGCAGAAGAGCCUCGCGCCGCCCAAAGACCUCGACCAGCUGCGCAUGAAGAUCCAAGACGAAGUCGAGCUGCCGCACCGCCAACGGGUGCAAAGCCUGCAGAUGGACAUUGAAAAGUUCCGAGACAUGUUCUUCCACGCCCGGCGCGACUACGAGAUCCUCAAGACCGAGCACGAGCAGAUACUCGUGCAGCAUGGCAGCGAGCUCGAGAGCUUGAUGGCGACGCACACCAUUCUGACGCAGGAUCUCAAGCGCAAGCUCGAGGUUGCCGAAGAGAAAGCUGAGGACAUGACCAUGGUCGAGCGCGUGCGCAAGUUGGACCAAGAGCGCGAGACCAUUUUGCUCGAGAACCAAAAGUUGCGUGUCGAACUCGAACACCUCCGCACCGCGAAACAAGACCUCUUUCAUUCGUCCGAGGUGCAAGCCACCAAGCUCCACGCGUCGAUCGCCGACGCGACGCUUGCACGCACGAACCUCGAGCUCGAGCUCAAGUCGUUGACGCGCCAGAACCAACGGCAAACCGACGAGCUUGAGAAAUGCGCUGUCCAGCGCGAUGAGCUGCAAAAGAAGCUGCGGGACGCUCACGACGACGCCACGCGGGUGCGUGAUCAGCUCAAGCAAAAAGACCUUGCCCUGCUGGACAACCAAACGCUCUACAACACAAAGCUCCGCGAGCUCCGGGUCGACGUCGAGCACGAAACGACUCAGUUCAAGGAGAAGGAAACCCAGUACCUCGACAAGAUACAUCACGUGCAGCAGGCGCUCGACCAGCUCGAGGCCGCGUACGCCAAACGCGAAAAGGAGUGGCAGAUCGAGUCGGCGCGGCAGCAACUGGUCAUGAGCAAUGACCACACGCAUUUAGCCGAGUCCUUGAGCCAGCUCGAGGCCAAGCUCAGUGAGCGCAACCUCGAGGUCGCCAAGCUGCAGGAGGACCUCGAAACCCGGGGACAAAGGCUCGUACUUGAUCUCGAGCAAGAACAACUCAAGUGCCAGCGAGUUCAAGGCGAGAAGGAGUCGCUGCAGCUCAAGUACAACACCAACCAAGAACUGGUGGCCAAACUCAAGGCAGAAACACUCACGUGGCGGGCCCAGCACAAGGAAAUGGAGCAAGAGUACCGAGCGCUGCAAGCCAAGCAUCGCGACGCUUUGGAGACCCAACAGGAGCUUCAAAGUAUCCUCGAGCAGUACAAAGCCAAGAUCGAGUACCUCGAAGACGACGUGAGCCAGCUCACCAAGACGAUGCAGAAUGAAAAGGAGCACUGCAGCCGCGUCCAGCAGCAACUCCAGCAGCAGCUCGACGAGUCGGUGGCUGCGGCCCUCUCGGCACGCCGAAGUCUGCAGCACGACUUGAAGUCCAACGUCUCCAAGCUCAGCCACGCCCUCCACAAGGCAGAAAAGAAACGAGACGCGUACAAGCAAAAGUGUCUCGAGGUCCACGAGCGCUACAAGGUGGCACUCAAGGAGCGGGACGCGCUGGCGAUCGAAGCCCAGCGCCUCAAGGAGGACCACCAGAGCGAGAUCCAACACCUUUUGCAGCAGUGGCACCAGACCGAGCACGACAAGACACAGCAGCUCCUCGCGUCAAGUCUCUUCAAGCCGGACGCCAAACUCGACGCCUUUCUUGCCCAAGUGGACCAAUAUACACAGGACUUGCCACCCGCGUAAGAAAUAGUAAAAGACUAUAACUGCAACGCGUAUUAGCUCCCCAA